CAAAAACCGAAUAAAGAUAUUCUCAUAAGAAAAUUUGCAAAUACACAACACACACAAUAAAAAAAAAAAAAAAAUAUGGGAAGAGAGAAAAAAUCUAUUUCUUUUCUUGUGAAAAAGACCAGAGAACAAACCCGAACCAACAUUCCUCAGCUGUCAAAUUGAAUAAUCGAUAGACAAAAACGUUAAAAAUGGCGUAUUUAGUAUAAUUUUUUUUUGCAGAUAAGGAAAAAACUAUGAUAGAUUUGAAGUAUAAAAGAAAAAUGUGUUUGGGACUUAAAUAAAAAAAUUAUGUGUGGUAGUGACAACAAAUAAAAUAAAGGUGCGUUACAUUCUAGCAAUUUUUGUUUGCGUGAGUGUAUAUUCCCCGGUAAAUAAACAGAAAAUUGAUUUGUAAUGAUAAAUAGUUUAUAAAGAGUUUCGAGAGAUAAACAAAAGUUGUAGUUGACAAAUUGUUUGUCAACUAUAAUUGCGAAUACAAGCAAAGAAAUCUCAUCGAAACACAGGAGAUAUUGCACAACCUCAUUUUCUGUGAUUUUCUUUUUCUUACCAUUUCUGGUUCUCAUUCGUGUUUUUUUUUUGCUCAUUUGUUGUCGUUUGAAAUCCACUUGUUUGGUUGACUGACAUACAUUUUUUUUCACCUUUUAUUUGCCGCUCGUUUUACCGCUAAAGUUUUCUUCUUUUCCCAUCAAAAAAAAAAAUAAUAACCCGGCGAUGACGGCGAAUGGUGUGGUAGCCUUAGCCGUGAGUGUGUAAAUUCGCCUUAAAUUUUGUGCAGAAAUUCCGAAUUCGCUGCACGAGAAAAUGCCACCAAAUUCGCGGUGUUUCCUUCUACUUUUGUAUAUGUGUGAUGUAUGAGAAUCUCAACAGCAGCCAACAAGCAGUAUGUGUUGGUUUUGUGUGCGUCAAACAAAAAUAUAGAAGAAAGCAAAAGAAUACAAGACAAAAAAAAAAACCUAAAACAAUCUGAUUUUUCCUUCGCUUUAGUGUGUGCGCUGUUUGUUCUCGUACCCGAUGGUAUUUUUGUCUUGUGUGCGAAUUGUCGUGUCGUAAAUGCAAAUUUGUACGUUUUCCAUCAUCUCUCCAGUGCGUUCAAAAAGAUUGUGAAAAAUUCACAAAAAAAAAAACAACUAACAAACAAAAAAAAAUUCUUCACAUUCCGUGACAAAAAAAAGUGACGUUUAAAGUGUGUCAGUAGUUUUAAACUUCAAAAAGAACAAGAAAAAGAAAAAACUCUAAACGGGGCCUAAAACUAAAUAUCACUGAGAAAAUUUCUUUUGAUAAGCAAUCAAAAAGGAUUUUCACACGAAUUUUAAUUACCGUCGAAAAUUAAAAUUUGUGUUUUACUAUCAAAAAUAUUGCAUCAAAAUAUUUCCAACGAAUAAAAUCGACAAAACACGAAAACAGAACAAAAACAAAAAACAUUAUUUAUCGAAUUACGACAUUUCGAUGGUGAAGGCACCAGCAGUUCCAUUGCCACCAACAAAUAGCAAACAUCCCUUAUCGAAUGCCAUACAGCCAGCAGCGGAAGUUGUUGUUGCUGUUGCUGCAGCUGAUAGCGAUAGGGAGGUAAAUGUUGCUGCAUCAUGCAUGAAUAGUGAAAUUAAUAAUUUCGUAGAAAUAGAAAAUAACACUUCAAAUGCCGCCUCCAUCACUACGACUAAUGACACCCACAACAAUGACAGCGAAAUAUGCCGCCGCCAAUAUAAUAUGACAACACCGGCAACAAACGCUACCGCCACCGCCGCCGAUGAACAAUUGUCACAAACAUUUGAGUAUUCCACUUCUUCUGAUAGCGUUAAAAUAAAUGGCAAUAACAAUGUUGACAGUGUAAAUAUUUCAAGUCCGAAAAACGAACAAAGCACCCAAACCGAUGAAGAUGAUGAUGAUGAUAAUGAUAACUUAUCGAAUUGUUCAUCAAAUCAUAGUAUAAAAUAUCUUGUUAUCGAUCGUGAUGAAGACGAUGAAGAAUCACAAAAGAACGACGACGGUGAAAAAUUAGAAGAUAAAAUCGACGGUAAUUCCGAAGUGAUCGAGAAUUCGAAUUUCGAUAACGAGGACGUUAAAAGUGUAUCGACUCCCGCGGAUAUCGAUAUCGAUAACACAAACAAUAUCGAUAACGAUAACACAAACGAUAUCGAUAUCGAUAACACAAACGAAAAUCAUUCCGAAAUAUUAACCGAAAUCAAUGAUACUGCACAAAUAAUUGAUGAAAUUGAAAUCGAAGAAGAAACCUACUGUGUUGGCCAUUUCUAUGGGCAAGAAGACGAAGAUGAUGGUAGUAGCAACAAGAAUUAUUGUGAUAGUGAAAAGCCGCCGCCACCAAUGAAAACUGGCCUAGAAACCGUCCCAGAAGUGAAUGAAACAAGUGAAACUAUCGACGAAGAAGAGAAUAACUUAAUUGAAUAUUCAAAUUCAAAUCUUCCUACAACAACAACUACCAUAUCAAUUCCAGUGCCCAGUAGUGCCACAAAGCCGUACCAUAACCUCCCUAACAACCGUUCAAUUCCUCCUCAGAUCAUUGGCAUUCCUGGAAUAAUGGCAGCCCAACAGCAUUCGAUGCCACCGCCACAACCCUUGCAUAAACAACAACAACAACAACAACAUCAACCUGCACCACAACAAUCGGUUGGGGGCCUCUUGCAACCACUUCAUUUGGCAAGCAUCGGUGCACAUUCCGGUGGAGCAGUUAACCAACAAAUCUCUCCCACUACCGCUGCUGGUGUUGGUGGUGCAUCUGCUUUAGCAGUGUCAACUACAAUUCAACCCCAUCAUCAUCAUCAUUGUGUGCAUCAUCCACAUGUGCACCUGCACUCUCCAGCAGCGGCAGGUCAACAGGCGGCAAAUGGAGGUGCAACAGCACCACCACCACCGGUUGGAGCGACAGGUCAUCCUCAUACACACAUUUUCCCGUUGCAAGUCAUUUCUCUGGGUCCCCAGGGACCUGGAACAGCGGCAGCAGCAGCAGGAGCUGCAGCCGCCUGGCCUCUAGUUGAGGCGCCAAUUUAUGUCGAUGCCAAUGGGGAAUAUCGGACAUAUUGUCCUGCACAUCCACAAGGACCUCCACCACGAGAGCAUCGUGUCCUGCUGCAAUUGGAUGCAGGCGUAUCCUUGCCGCUGCAGAUAGCCGGGAAGCGAAAAGUAUUUAGAGGUCCAACAACGGUACAAAUGGUUUCACAAAAUCGCCCGCCCCAUAUGCAGGUACCAGUGCAAGUACCCCAAGGUCAAGUCAUGCAACAGUAUGUCAACGAGAGCGGCACCUUGACUCAUGUUGUUCUGUCUCCAACCCAGUAUCCGCAAUUGCAUACAGGCCAAGGAGGCGUCCAGCAUAUCCAUGCGCCAUUUCUAGCGACAAAUGGCACAUCACAUUUCUAUUCGCCUCUGCCAGCUGGAUUCCCACCCGGGCCGGGUGGAGGCCCAGCGCAUUUUCAUCCGAUGACUGGUGGGCAUUUGCCACCACAACAGAUGUCACAUUCACCACAUUCCCCAUCGCCGCCAAACAACAAUUAUCACAACAAAGACGAACGAACGCAGCGUCAACACACGAAAUUGUUGCGUAAAUUAGAUCAAAAGCGUGAAAUGAACUCAGCGAUGUCGACUCCAGCCCACUCCCCAUCACCACGAAAGAACGAACUAAAUGGUCAUCAUCAUCGACGAACAUCACGAAAUGGUGCUUCAUCUGUUGGUACAUCUGAAGAUGGUGAAGAAUCAUCCAGUGUGCCAGAAGAUGAAGAAGAUACCCAAACAAUAAUCGAGCAAUUGUCAGCCAUCCAAAAGCCAGAGGUAAUUGACAUCACAUCUCGAUCGGCAAAAAUAAUUUGGGAAGCACCAGCCAUUACUGACAAUCUCAUUAAUUCCCGAGACUUGCGCUACAAUGUUCUCCUUAGCGAUCGUGCCAAGGAAUGCAAGUAUAAAAGUCUCUACAAAGGCGAAUCAUACGACUGUAUUGUUCAAGACUUGCAACCUGGCCAAGAAUAUGUUGUUAGAUUGCAAGUCCACUAUGAACAACUUCAAGGCUCAUUUUCAGAACCGACUGAAUUCACAACCCCACCGUGUGAACCCGACCAACCAAUGCCACCGAAACUGAUCGUUCGCACGCGCAAUUCACUCCAACUCCGUUGGACAGCACCCUUUAGCAAUGGUGCUCACAUCCAACAAUACAUCCUCGAGUAUGACGAAGGCAAAGGCAGUCACUUUGUCGAGGCUGCCAAAACCAAAAGUAGACAGUACAUCCUCACAAAGCUAAUGCCAUCGACAGUGUACAAUUUCCGCCUCUCCGCUGUAAAUGAAUGCGGCCCAUCAUUAUAUUCCGGAAUUGUAGCCUAUAGCACUUCAGGCAAUCCACCUCAAGCACCAAAAGCUCCCACCUUGCAUUCGGCAACACCAAAUUCACUGCGCCUCGCUUGGGAACGACGCAAUCAAGAUGGUGAAUUCGUCCUUCAAAUGCUAGACCGUGACUCCGGCCAUGGCUACUUGAAUAUGUACAAUGGCCCUGAAACGAUUUACGAAUGCUGUGAUUUGCGUCGCUCCACAUCUUAUCAAUUCCGACUCCGGUCGGACAAUGAAGCUGGUUCCUCACCAUGGUCAUCCGAAGUGGCAUAUAAAACCCAUCCCGAACGACCUGGACGCCCGGGAAAACCACAAGUUAAGGGUAAAAUUCAUGGCAACUAUUUCAAAGCGAAGUGGGAUCCGCCCAAUGAUAGAGGUGGAGCUGAAAUCACUCGAUACUACUUGGAGAUCAGCUCUGGACCAAAAUUCGAACGAGUCUAUGCUGGUCGUGAACCAGAGACUGUGUGUGAUCGCCUUAGCCCGGGCACAACCUACCAGAUUCGAGCCGCCUGUGAAGGUCCUGGUGGCAUGAGUGGCUAUUCGGAUGUCUCCACUGUGACAACUGAGGCUAUUGUACCUGGAGCACCAGAGCCACCACGUUGUGAUACCGCACCUGGUCCAUAUGCGGCUGUGUUACAUUUCGACAGACCAGACUAUAAUGGCGGAGCCCCAGUUCUGGAAUUCGAAGUGCAAUUGAAUGGCAACACCCUUAUCUACCGUGGCAGGGAUUCCUAUUGCAUUGCCAAGGAUCUAACACCUGGCGAGCGAUAUGAAGCAUGUGUCCGAGCGAUCAAUCGCAUCGGGGCAGGUCCCUGGUCAUCAGUGAUGCGUUUUGCAGCUGCUCCAGCACCGCCAUUCGCUCCUGACGCACCAGCCGUCGUAGUCCGAUCACCCACACACCUAACAGUUUCAUGGAAGGAACCCCAUUCCAAUGGCGCAUCCAUCAGUGAAUACCGCCUCGAAAGCUCAACAACAGCCAGCGAGUCCAAUGAUAGCUUUAACAUGUGUUACCGCGGAGUUAACACCACAGCCGACAUCCGUAAUCUAUUGCCCUUCACUUUGUACUUCUUCCGAGUGAAUGCCUCCAAUGUUGCUGGCAGCAGUCAAUGGUCACCAGUUGUGUCGACCAAGACUCCAGCUGCCAUUCCCACAGCACCACAAAUCAAAAGCUAUGAAUUCACAGCGAACGAAGUCUCCCUCAUUUGGACUCAACCCGAGUGCAAUGGUUCCGAUAUUGUUUCCUAUACUAUUGAAUACGCUGAGCGUUCAAUAUCUACCGAAGACAAUUCGCUGGAACACACCAUUACCGGACUAACACCCGAAACCAAUUACAAGUUCCGCGUUCAAGCUAUCAAUGGCAUUGGUGCUGGACCAUUUUCCAGCUAUGUGAAACUAACAACGUUGCCACCUCCACCAGAGCCACCACAACUAGAAUGCACUGGUCUAGGACAUAAUUUCAUCAAACUCAAAUGGGGCGAUGGAAAGAAUUUGGACUUUACCAAAUACUAUGUAGAAAUGUAUGUUAAUCGAGCUAAAGACUUUCAACAAGUGUACAGUGGUACAAAUGCCAUGUGCAAGGUUAACAAGCUGCAAGAGCAAACUGCCUAUGUUUUUAGAAUAUGUGCUGGCAAUGAUCGUGCUGGUGUUGGUGAAUAUUCGAAGGAGUAUACUUUUAAGACAACUGCAACACUACCGGGGCCAAUUAAGGCACCUCGCAUGGCUAUGGAUAGUAGUUGUAUGUUUGGUAUGAAUCCAUGUGUGGGAAGUAAUGGGGCACCAAUUGCGUCGGCAGUGUUGCCAGGUAAUCAGAGUCCUUUUGGAAUUCCAUUGACAUUGGAAUGGCAGAAUAGCAAGAAUUCGUUUAGUGAUCCGGUGGAAUAUGCACUGCAAUAUAGUGUUGGUAAAGAUGGUGAUUAUAAACAGAUUUAUCGAGGACCAGAUACAAAAUUCACAAUCGAAAAUCUUGAGCCUGGCGCCAUCUACCUGUUUCGUGUGUGUCCUAUUCGUGUGUCCGCUGCCAAGGGCAACGAACUACCUGGCCAAUUUACCAAUCCCUUCCGUUAUCAGGUGCCACCAUUUAUCGAUACCAUCGAUGGCAACCUGUUCGCCGCAAGUUCGGCGGCAUUAGCUGCUGCAGCAGCAGCCAGUGGCAAUGCCUUUGCCGCCCAUCAUGCACACCAUCUGCAUCAUCAUCACCACGCGCAUGCGCACUCUCACGCCCACUCACACAUUCACAGCCACCAUAGUCGCCAUUUGCAAGCAGCCACAAUGCUUGUUGGCGGUGGCGGCGGCGGUGGCGGCAAUGGCAGUACAAAUCACCUGCAUCAUCGUUCCGUUAGCGCCUCAGCUAUCGGCUCGAAUGCUACGAAUGGAAUCGAUGGUGGUAACGCCUUCGGCCUCAUCCCAAUCAGUGCCAAUGACUUAGCCAAUUUUGAAAAUAAUUGCGAGGAGCUUUUUAAAGGAGCACUCCAUCAUCCACAUCACCAUGCUAUGAAUCAUAGUGGUGGUAAUAAUGGUGGCAGUGGUGGUGGUGGUGGUAUUCUUGCUGAAAUGGCCAAUAAUGGUGCUAUUCGACGUAUUACAGGUAAACUAAGUGCGCUCUACACAAAUCGAAAACGGUUUACUGAUCAGGAGAAGGCCGUUAUAUUUAUGGUUUCAUUUUUAUUUAUUGCGUUUCUAUUCGCCGCCGUUGUGAAAAUGCUUAUGAGAUAAAAUUAAAAAAAAAAACAAAAAUUCAACUAAAAUUAGAUUUUUGAAAUCUUAGAAAAAAAAAACAAAAAAUAGAGAGAGAGAGAGUGAGUGUGUGAUCGAAACAAAAUACAUAAAAAAAAAAAACAGAGGUUAAGGGAGUGAGAAUAGGUGUUUUGGAAUUUGAGACGAUUGAUUUCUAUGUAAAAAGAGAAAAACAAAAACAAUAAUUUUCACAUCCAAUAACCGUUUUAUGUUUUUUUUUGUUUGUUUUUGGAUCCCCCCCUCCUUGAAUAUAGAUAUGCGCCCCUAAAUUUUAUGUGUGCCCCCCUUACCCCCUCUUCCCCUUUUUUUCUAUAUAUUAUGCUCGCUAAAUAUGGCUUUAUUUGUUCCACUUCCAUUAGAAUAUAAAAUUUACAAAAAAAAUAUAUAAUUAAAAAUAUAUAUAUAUAUAUAGUAUAUAUGUAUACAUAUGGAAAUAUAUAUAGAGAAUAAAGGAAUUUAUGUAAUGUGCAUUAUUAAAGGGUUUGAGGUAUACUUACGUACAUAUAUAUUA